AUGAAGCCAGCACAGAUCAGAUUCUCUCUACAGAGACCUCCACAGCACAGAGAUCCAGACAUGGCACCUACAAUCACUGCAGCAAUGACCAACUCUCAGGACCAUCUGACUCUGACCCACAAGCUCAGAAAGCCUCUGGUGGAGAAGUUACGCAGAGAGCGAAUCAACAGCAGCAUUGAGCAGCUCAAGUCUCUCCUGGGUCCAGAGUUCCUCAAACAGCAGCCAGACUCCAAGCUGGAGAAAGCAGACAUCCUGGAGAUGACAGUUUGCUUCCUGACACAGCUGCAGCAGCAGAAUCAGCAGCACAGAAGACUGCUCAACCACUUCAACAAGCUGCAGUCUUCCUCUGAUAACAACCUGACAGAGGCUGACUUCUCUCCUCUGAGCUCCACAGUCCACACCAGCAUCACCAAAGAGAAGAGUCCAGUCAACGGCGCCCUCUGGAGGCCGUGGUAGAAACCUACAGAUUCAAGUUACUCCCAGUCAAACUGAGAUGACCAUGUUGGUCAAAGAUUAAUGGAACUGAAUUCUAUGAAG